AUUGUUUUUGCAUGACUGGUACUGGACACGUCCCAGAUGACAUCAAAAUGUCCCCAGUGCUAGAUGCAUGGUUACUACAUUACCAUCGCUAAGGCACGCAGCAAGUUGAUGACUGCGGGCUCCCAUCAUCACUUUAUCCCGAUGAUAUUGCAAAAGCGGUGUUUGAUUUGAUAGCCAUCUAACCGUCCUUGAACGAUACAUAUUCAAACUGGUUGCAUUCAGACAUUCCCACCCACAUCUCGUUCCCUUUUCCCCACCUCUCUGACUGCCCGCUCGAUUCCAUGCUGCUAAACUGGUUACUUAUCCCCUCUUCCCUACUUAGUGUAGCGAUAUCGGUUCCUCUUGCUGGCGCUCUAACCCGAUGGCGCGUACAUCACAGCCCGAAAAGGAUUCAACUCGAGGAUAGUGAGGUGCAGCAAGAGCCUAGUCUUAGUACUCCUACAGUGACAGGCUAUUUCAACACCCUUGGAAGAGUUUAUCGUCUAGAGGGAUGGGCAGGGCUAUACAAGGGAUUUUCACCGACCUUUUUUAGUUUCCUCAUAAUAAUGUCAGCGUUGGUGGCCUGGUUGAAAAUUGACACUACACCACGACUUCCAUGGAACUUCAACAAUCUGCCUAUUCCAGCACUGAUCGUAUUCGGGGUGUUGAGUAUGGUCGUUGGAAUCCCCAUGCAGGUCUUGACCACUCGGGCUAUUGUUACCCCCUACCGACUUCCUUACACUCGACCCUUAGUCGCCAUGAAGCUCCUCCUCUCUGCAACCGAACGCCGUCAACCAUGGAAAAUCUACCUCCUCCCCGGUGUCUUCGUCUCCCAGUUCUGUCUUAUACUUGUCCCGGUUGCUAUCAGACCGCUUGUAACCAUACUGCUUCGGCCGAUGAUCAACACCCCAUUGGUAGGAUUGGCUGUCGUUGCGUAUUUCUUCACCGCGGUGGUUGGUACGAUACUACAGACACCGUUGCAGAUUGCAGGAGCGAGGUUGGCGGUUCAGAGGAUCCGUGGCGGAGAUGACGUUAGUGAAGCUGAAGUGGCUGAAGCGGCUGGUGUGAGGGUUUAUUCGAGUGAAGAGGUCAUUUCGGUGAGAGACGACCAGUACCCUUACGUUGGCCUCGUUGAUUGUUUGAAAAAAAUUAUUGCUGAGGAAGGAUGGGUUACCUUACUCAGAGCGUGGUGGAUCACUUUCCUUAGCUUCUAUGCGUCAACCUUGGUGUAAGUGUAACUGAAAUCACACAAAUAUCUGGGCUUCUUCCAUGUCGUAUUUAUCAUCAAUUUCUUAUUGUUUUGAGUUGACCGAG